UCUCUUUAAUUACUUUCGAUGAAUCCGUAGAGAAUAUAGAUGCACCAUCCAUGUAGGUGUGGAUAUGGCUUCUUCUUCUUAAUCUUGGUUUUUGUUUUUUCUCUUUAAAAGAAAAGAAACAAAAAGGAGUUUCUGUCAAUAUCUAGAUCAGGCUGAAAUUCAAGCACCAAACCAUGCAAACUUUGUACAAUGGUCCAUGCUUUCAUUUCUAGUGGGCACAAAUCAGCAGCUCAAGUGGAGCCAUGAGAAAUUUUUCAUUUUUGGAGUUUUUCUUCUUGGACCAAAACCAUCAGGCAAUUUGUACCCAUAACGGCCCUUUUGAAAACAUUGGCCCUUUUGAUUGAAUUAUUAGUUAUUAUUAUUAUUCGUGGGACAGGACAGACAGCAGAAAUUGGAACCAGUGUGAGAAUUGGGCAAGCAUGGGGCCCUUUCCAACUUCUAUAUCAACUUUUGUUUACCUCACCCUCCUGCUCAGCAAAUUCGGUAGAAUUUGUCUGUUUACACCUUUAGCAAUUCUAGGAUUAGCAUGACCAGACUUUUCUUUCUUUCUUCUUGUUUUUUCAUAUGAAACAUAUUAGUAAUACUUAUAAACAUAUGAAACAUAUGAAACAUAUAAGUAGUUCCCCAUUCAUCAUAGGGGAUUCAGAGAUAUCCCAUUUCAUCAAAAGGAAAUGAACCAAAUGCAAAAGCAGUGAAUAUAUCUAUUCUUGGUUCACAGCCUCUGAGCUCCAUCUGCACAAGAAUGGGAGAGCAUGUUUUAGAUAAGGACCUGCUGUUGUUAAUUAAUGCAAAGCAAGGGGAAAAUUUAUAUAUGGGGUAUUUUUAAAAAGAUCAUUAAAUGCUUUUUGGCAUAGUUGUUGCUGGUUUCUGUGAAGGAGAAUGUGAGGACAACCAUGAGGAAGAGAUUCCCUUCUCACAUGAUUACAUGGGGUUGGAUUAUAUGGUCUUCUUUCAUUGUCCCUCAUUUUCAGCUUAAAUACGACAAGCAACAACUAGGACGACUAAUCUAGUCUUGGCUUUCGACAUAGCUUUUUAACCCCCCCUCCAACAAACCUCCGCCAUGAAUUCUAAGCUUGUUGCCUGCUGGAUUCAAAGUUCUCAAAGUUUCAACUGAAAUGAAAGGUACUAAGGAAAACAAGUGAAAGUUACUGGCACUAAGAAGGAAAGAUUCUGAAGAAAGGUAGAUGGUGAUGGAGCGAUUAUCGAUUAAGAGUUGCACCUAAAGUUUCAUGGAAACUACUCUGAUCUUGAUUUAGAUCUUUGUUUUUCACUUCAAUGUAGAAGAAGACUAGCCAACUAACCGCCCACCUACCUCUGAUUCCCAAUCCUGAGAUUCUAAAGCUAUGUUGUUGGUCUUAUACGAUCAAUAAAGCGUAAUAGGACCAGUCAGAGGAACUGCAACAAGAAUGACAACGCAUUACUUAAUUACGUAUCUGGGAGGGCAAGAACUAAUCAGUUAGGCAAACUAGCUUAAGACCAAACAAAAUAUUUUCUGAUAGUGAAGCAGUUACUACACACAGGUUCAAGGUUAAGGUUCAUCUCUUCCAGCCUCCAGCUGAGUGAGGAGUGAGCCCAGGGAGUAAGAGAGAGGACCCAGAGUGAAAGCAAAGAAACGUUUUAUCUUGAAUUGUCCAAGUAGCCCAUGUCAUCAUAUGAUCAAGAACGAUAGUGUCUAUAUAUGAUGGAUCUUCUCGUCUAUAUUGAAGAAACCGCCUCAUGAGUGACGCUCAUUGAAGUGUUUUUCCGUGAUCAAAUAACUUAAGUCAAGGAGUCAAACGAAAGACGGAGGGGAUGUGAAUCCAUUUGAGAGAGACAAGUAACAGAUAGGACUCCAUAGACUGCUUUUUUAAGGGCUUGUGCUUCAUAAUAUUCCACCGCCUACUUUGAACUGGAAUACAAUGGCAGUUCAGCACUCCCUCGAGCUUAGUAAUGGCGGUUGUGACAAUGAUGGACAUCCUGCAAGAACGGGAACCUUGUGGAGUUGCGUUGCUCACAUAAUCACUGCUGUUAUCGGCUCUGGAGUUCUGUCCUUGGCAUGGAGUACUUCACAGCUAGGAUGGAUAGCAGGGCCUACUGCCCUGCUCAUUUUUGCUAUUAUGACCUAUAUUUCCGCCUUCCUUCUUUCUGAUUGUUACCGAUCCGAUGAUGGAACACGAAAUAAGUCUUACAUGGAUGCUGUUAGACUGUAUCUCGGUAGAAAACGGACUUGGUUGUGUGCUUUGCUUCAAAACCUGAGCCUGUAUGGGACUGAUAUUGCUUAUGUAAUUACAACUUCAACCUGUAUGAGAGCAAUUCAGAAAUCAAACUGUUACCAUAGAGAAGGGCAUAAUGCUCCAUGUUCAUAUGGAGAUACUCCCUAUAUGCUGCUGUUUGGAGCUGUACAGGUUGUAAUGUCACAGAUACCAGAUUUCCAUAACAUGGAAUGGCUUUCAGUGGUUGCUGCAAUCAUGUCUUUUACUUACUCUUUCAUAGGAUUUGGACUUGGGUUUGCACAAGUGAUAGAAAAUGGAGAGAUUAAGGGGAGUAUAACUGGAGUGCCUGCUGCUAGUAUUGCUGAUAAACUGUGGUUAUCAUUCGAGGCACUUGGAGACAUUGCAUUUGCCUAUCCAUAUUCAAUCAUUCUUCUAGAAAUACAGGAUACUUUGAGGUCACCUCCACCAGAGAACAAGACCAUGAAAAAGGCCUCAAUGAUUUCAAUCUUUGUAACAACCUUCUUCUACCUCUGUUGUGGAUGCUUCGGAUAUGCUGCCUUUGGCAACAACACACCUGGAAAUCUCUUGACAGGAUUUGGAUUUUACGAGCCUUACUGGCUCAUUGAUUUUGCUAAUGCUUGCAUUGUUCUUCACCUGGUGGGAGGAUAUCAGAUUUACAGUCAGCCAGUGUUUGCAUUUGUGGAGAGAUGGUUUACUGAGAAGUUCCCAGGCAGUGGAUUCGUGAAUAAGUUCUAUACAUUCAGAGUCCCAUUGUUGCCUACGUUUCAGAUUAAUCUUUUCAAGAUAUGCUUUCGAACAGCCUAUGUUGCAUCCACGACUAUUCUUGCAAUGAUCUUCCCAUACUUCAACCAGGUCCUAGGAGUGCUCGGGGCAUUGAACUUUUGGCCCUUAGCCAUAUAUUUUCCAGUGGAAAUGUACUUUGUGCAGAAGAAAAUUCAACCCUGGACCACAAAAUGGAUUGCUCUCAGGAGUUUCAGCUCUGUUUGCUUGCUUGUGACAAUAGUGGGCUUGAUAGGGUCGAUUCAAGGGCUUAUUAGUGCAAAAUUAGGAUAGCAGUUCACUGUAAUCACCUCAUGACUAUAAAGGAAAGCUAUACAUAUUAUGUCUGCUGGAAAAUUAAGGUUUAUUGCUUGGUUUUUAUAGAGCAAAUGAAUUUCAUUAACUCCAAGCUUGAUAUUGGAUUAUACAGAUAUCAAGCUUUUCGAAA